AUGGAAAAUCCUCAAAAUCAGGAGAUGGUCGAGAUAAGAGUAGACGUGGAAGGCAGUAAAAACGAACUAGAGAAAAAAGAAAAAAACACUACUAACUUUGGCAGGAAAGGUCGUCAAGAUGAAGAGGUGGUGAUCCAAAUAAGAGUAGAAGGGAAAGACAGAGAAGCAGAAAAAGAAAAAGAAGUGGAGAAGGUUAGAAGAAAAGAAUUCAAACAAUUUGAUAUAGUAAAAUCUACUGCUCAAGUCGGGAACAAAGCAUUUACUAGUGAUGAACACUUAAACCAGACCAGUUUGGACAGACACAACAGGAUUAUGCAAGAAUGGAAAUUACUCAAAAAGGGUCUACCUGAUUCAAUCUAUGUCAGAGUUCAUGAACAAAGAACUGAUUUUCUCGAAGCCUUAAUCGUUGGCGGAGCAGGUACUCCCUACAGCGAUGGUUUAUUCUACUUUCAUAUUAUAUUCCCAUCUAAUUAUCCAUUGGCACCACCCACACUGCACUUCAAGACAACUUAUUACUGUGACGGCUUGGGUGUGGAUUUUUUAAAAUACAAUGACUGCGAGGGCAUUUAUAUUCGUGAUAUAAAAGGUCUUGAAAAAUGGAAUUCAAAGGACUCAAGUAUACUGGAAAUUCUAGUAUCCAUCCGAUUAUCAUUUCACAUUGAGAAACCUUACUUUCGGAAUCAUAAUAUGAACGAUCGCGGUUUAUUAGAGGCCAUUGAGAAGGGUUACAAAUUUGACGAAUCUUAUGAUUUCGAUGAAAUGGUCUUCAAAAGGAAAUGCGGGACAGUAUUGGCUACUCUUAAGAAACCACCGAAGGUUUUUGAAGAAUUUGUUGCUCAACACUUCCGUGAUCGCGCUGAAGCAAUUUUAAUAGCUUGUCAACCUUAUUAUAGAGUCAGAUAUGGUGAUCGUCCUAUAUACGAGACAAAGUUUUGUCGUAAAUAUCGAGAGUCCAUGGCCAAUACGUACGUAAAGCUCUUAAAGGCCUUUAUAAAGAAUGGUUCUUCUGUGGAUGAUUAUGUUGGAGACAUUAAUUUGGUGGAUGACUCUGAUUAUGUUAAGCCGCCUCCCACCCUGCCGCCUUGGAUAUGCACUGAUAACAAAGUGUUGAGAUUCUGA